GUGCUGAAUUAGACGUUUGAAACAAGUCUGAGAAUAUCUGGGAUUUAAGUAACUAUUUUUAAAAAACUUGUUACAUCCGGCAACACAUAUUCGCUUCAAGCACACCAUUCUCCAGCUGUAAUGUGCAACUAAUCAGGAAAUUGUUAUUUAACAACAUAAAUCGCUAAAGUAUUGAAUUAAAAACACCAAAACAUGUCGAUUGUAAAACGUGUGCAGCAAUGGGCAACAUUUGCGAGAACUUGGCACGUCUAUGAUUGCACCUGGCAAAAUCCCUUCGAUUCGGCGCUGCUAAUAAAGACACAUCUGAUGGGAUUACACAAACCAAUCUAUCAUCCAAUGAACGACUGUGGUGAUCAUGUUGUUUGCAUCAAUACCAAAGAAAUUGCGUUGCCCGGUGAUGAAUGGGUUAAACGCGUUUACUUCCAUCACACAGGCUAUCCAGGUGGUGCCUCAUGGACCCUAGCGUGGCAAUUGCAUGAAAAGGAUGCUACAAUGAUCAUGAAGAAGGCUGUGUACAAUUCCAUGCGUGGCAAUUUACAACGUAGAUACACCAUGCAGCGAUUACAUUUGUUCGCCGAUGACCAGCUGCCCAAAGAGAUACUGGAAAAUUUAACCAAUCAAAUUAGAACACCAAGGGAAGUGCCACAACGCCUUGAUCACAUCGACAAAGAGACACUGGAGAAUUUCCCGUCCAUUAUGGAUUAUCCAAAAGAUUAUGUUUUGCGUUAAUAAGUGGAGAUAAAGCUGCUAAUUGGAAUAUUUGGACAGAGCACAUAUCGUCACCUAAAAUGGAAAACAACGCAGGUUGCGAAUUUUUUAAUUUAACAAAUUUGGAUAAAAAGAUUAUAAAAACAUUUUUACACAGUAUUUUAUUAUUUAAUGUCGAAAAUCAUAGUAGUCAUGUCGAUAAGUAGUUUAUAUUUUAUUCCGUAUUUUCUUUUCCUAUAAAUUUGUGAAAAUUGAUAAUACGUUAUGGUAUUUCCGUUAUUUACGUGCUAUCAUGGCCAAAAGUAUUUCAAAUGUAAAGUGGGAAAUAAAUUGAGUUAUUGCUUUUAACAUGCAACGUUUAUUCGCUCCAAUCGAUAAGGUUAUCGAUAACUGCAAUUUAAUCUCUGCCUUUGCCUCUGUCUGGUUACACUGAAUGCUGUGAUGAGUGAUUUUAACUGUGUCAUUUGUAUUUGUUUUGCUUGUAUUAUUCCAUUACACUUUCUAUGUCAUUCGUGAAGAAAUCUACAGCAUUUUACGUGCACUUAAGUGGGAGUAUUUUUUCAACUUAUUAAAAAAGAAAAAGCAAACACACGUUCAGUUAGCACUCAUCGACGCAUUCUCCAACAACCUUUCGCCAGUAGCAGUUCAUUGAUUUACACUCAACAGCAACGCAAUAUGGGUCGUUUAAGUAAAGUAGAUCCCAGCUCUUACUCAGAGCCCGAGCGUAUCGUUACCAAACAUAGCGCUUUCAAAUGGACGGUCGAUUUUACAAAUACGAAGCUUUUGGGCAGUGUAACUCAUCAAUUUAAUGUGUUGGAAGCCAACUUACCGGCUAUUUUGUUGGAUGUGCGAGACAUCAGCAUAAAAAAUGCAUCUAUACUCUGUAGUGGCGGCUCAGCAAUACCCAUCAACUACUUUGUCAGUGAUCCAGUAGAUGAUAUCGGUGCUAAGUUGACAUUGGAGCUACCGGAGGGUACUGCCAAGGGAGACCUAAUCGUACGCAUCGACUAUGAGACUUCCAAUCGUGCUAGCGGUCUACAGUGGCUCACUCCUGAACAAACACUUGGCAAGCAACAUCCAUACCUUUUCAGCCAGUGUCAAGCGAUUCACGCACGUUCUGUAUUGCCAUGUCAAGACACGCCCGCGGUUAAGUUCACCUAUGAAGCCACAGUGGAACAUCCAAAGGAAUUGACUGCGCUGAUGAGUGCUUUAGUUGAAAAGAAGGAAACCGGUGUAACCAAAUUCAAGCAGGAAGUACCCAUACCAGCAUAUUUGCUUGCUAUAGCAAUCGGCGAUUUAGUUUCGCGUCCACUUGGCCCCCAUUCCAAUGUCUGGGCCGAGGCUGGUAUUGUAGAUGCCGCCGCCGAAGAGUUCUCAGAAACAGAUAAAAUGUUGAAAACUGCAUCGGAUAUUUGUGGACCCUAUGUUUGGAAGCAAUACGAUUUGCUUGUGAUGCCGCCAUCAUUUCCUUUUGGUGGUAUGGAGAAUCCUUGCCUAACUUUUGUAACGCCAACAGUGUUGGCUGGUGACAAGUCUUUGGCUGAUGUAGUGGCACACGAGAUUGCGCACAGUUGGACGGGUAAUUUAGUAACAAACAAAAACUUUGAGCACUUCUGGUUGAAUGAGGGUUUUACGGUGUUUGUGGAGACGAAAAUCGUGGGACGCUUGCAAGGCAAUAAGGAACGCGACUUUCAUAUGCUGCGUAAUCUGACUGAGCUCAAAGAGUGUAUACGCACCCAAUUGGCCAACAGCCCUGAACUUACCAAGUUGGUUGUGGAUCUCUCCAACUGUGGGCCAGACGAUGCUUUCUCCAGCGUGCCCUACAACAAGGGUUCAACAUUCUUGCGCUAUAUUGAAGAUUUACUGGGAGGACCAGAGGUGUUUGAGCCAUUCCUACGUAGCUACUUGCAAAAGUAUGCCUACAAAUCGGUUGUAACCGAUGACUUCAAAAGUGCCUUGUAUGAUUACUUCAAUAAAACUGAUAAAAAGGAUAAGUUAACUGAAAUCGACUGGGAUUUGUGGCUUAGCCAUGAGGGUAUGCCACCAAUAAUACCAAAAUUCGAUGAAACACUCGCUGAUGUUUCGAAACAAUUGUCGAAAUUGUGGAUUAUCAAGUCGACCGCUGAGCUACGCACUGACACUGAUAUUACAAAACCAAUUUCUUCACAUCAACUAAUCGAUUUCCUCAGCAGACUAAUCGAAAGCACUGAAAUUGUUGAUUUAAAUGCGGAUAAAAUCGAAUUCCUAGAGAGCACAUACAAUUUGAAGAACACCAAAAAUUCCGAGGUGCGUUUUCGAUUUUUGCGUUUAGUCAUCAGAGCGCGGUUACUGAAACGUAUCGAUGAGAUUAUUGCAUUUGCCAACUCGAACUUCCGCAUGAAAUUCUGUCGUCCAAUUUAUCGUGACCUAGGACAAUGGCCGGAGGCUAAACCUAUUGCGAUUGAAAGCUUCGAGAGUGUGAAGAAUCAAAUGAUGGCGGUUUGUGCGCACACCAUUGAGAAGGAUUUGGACUUGAAAUAAGCAUUUAUUAGUUUCUUACUUUUUUAUAAAUCGUUAAACUAAUGUAUUAACUGCACGCAUAAUAUAUUUUUUUUUAUUAAACAAAGUGUUUAACCCGAAGAAA